AGCGUCUUCAGAAUACCAUCCUGAACCCCCAAGACCUUUCGCGUUGAGCCGACAGGAACUGCAGACCUAGCCUGCUAUUCAAACGCUAUGACUUCGGACACGGUCACUCUAGCCUCGGGGCACAAGAUGCCUUUGGUUGGCUUUGGACUAUGGAAGGUCCCAGCUGAAAAAGCAGCCGACACUGUUUAUCACGCUAUCAAAACUGGCUAUCGACUGUUUGACGGCGCAUACGACUAUCAAAACGAAAAGGAGGCUGGUGAGGGCAUUCGCCGUGCCAUCAGCGAAGGCCUGGUCCGGCGCGAGGACAUUUUCGUCACCACUAAGCUCUGGAAUAACUACCACCAACGGGAUCAUGCCCUGGCUAUGGCCAAGGCACAGAAUGAGGCCUGGGGUUUGGGAUAUAUCGACUUGUACUUGAUCCAUUUUCCGAUCGCGCUCAAGUAUAUCGAGCCCGAGAAAUUGCGAUAUCCGGCUUGGUGGAUGGAUCCGGAGCAGAAGGUGAUUGAAAGAGCCAAUGUGCCUAUUCAAGAAACGUGGCAGGCAUUGGAGGAGGUCGUUGACCAAAGGAUCGUCAAGUCUAUUGGGAUCUCGAACGCCCAGGCGCAGACGCUGUAUGACAUUCAAACAUACUGCCGGUAUCCGAUCUCUUCUCUCCAGAUUGAGCACCACCCAUAUCUUGUGCAACAAGAUCUUGUCGAGCUGGCGCAAGAGGAGAAGAUCGUCAUUACCGCCUACUCGUCGUUCGGACCGCAGAGCUUCUUGGAGUUGCCCGCGGCGUUUCGAGAAAGAGCAAAAGACACGCCCCUUCUUUUCGACGUCGAUGUGGUCAAGAAAGCAGCGGCCAGAUCAAACAAGACCCCGGCUCAGGUGCUGCUGCGAUGGGCGACACAGCGGAACAUAGCUGUCAUCCCGAAGUCCAACCAUGUCGAACGCCUCAAACAAAACUUGGAAGUUGGAGGUGGCAGCUUCGACUUGACGGAGGAGGAGAUGCGUGCGAUAAGUGCUCUGGACAGGGGCUUGAGGUUCAACGAUCCUGGUUUCUAUCUCCACAAGCCAUUACGUAUUUUCGCGUGAAGAUGGUUGGUGUGGGAUAUUAUUAGGUCAUGACUGGGUUGUUUCUCUUAUGGCUUCUACACUCAUUGGAUCCUCAGGACUAAUUAGGCUGUCAAUUAUCGUGGAUCUCGAGAUUAAUUGGACUCAUACCAAAAUCUAUUCUAGCAUUGAACGUUGAAAG